UGAGCUGAAUAGUAGAAUUGUGUCGUCGUCACCGUGAAACUUGACGCAGGUCUAAGCUGAAUGGUAGAUUUGGGUCGUCCUCACCAACUAUGGUUCUAAAGUUCUACGUGUACGCUCAUCCCCUACAAGUUGUGACUUGUGAUUUAUUAAGUAGUGGAUCACAAGUUUUUUCUUCUCCCAUAAAGAAAGCAAUUGUUUUUUGUGGUUCAAUAAAGAAAUGAAUACAAAAGAGGCUAGCCUAGCUUAGUUCCCGUGCAUCAUUUGAUCACGAGUCACGUGUGCGUGAUUUUUCCUUUUUGUUGUUGAUAAGUCUGGUAGUAAUAAAGACGAGACAUGAUAUCCUGGUCCUGGGUGAAGAUUAGAAGUUGCAAAAACAAGCAAAGUUUCCAAAACUAUGGAAGAUGAAGAACAGCUUUCUAGUAACAAGGUAGACAAAGGUGGUGCCUUGACUUUGAACCGAGAUGGAAUCGAAUCCAAGAGCUUUCGAUCACUUCUCAGCUGGUUUUGUCUGGAUCAUUCCAAUCUCUGGAAAUCUGGUGUUUCAUGGUCUGUCUUCUUUGUUCUGGGCAUUGGUGCCCCUCUGGUCUCCCACUUCGUUUUCUUGUGCUCAACUUGCGAUUCUGAGCACCAACGACCGUACGAUGCGGUUGUGCAAUUAUCUCUCUCUUCGCUUGCAGUCGUUUCGUUUCUAUGUUUAUCUGCCUGGGCUCGAAAGUUUGGAGUCAGGAGGUUCCUCUUCUUGGAUAAAUUGUCCGAUGAGAGUGACAAGGUUCGAGAAGGAUAUCAGAAGCACCUGCAGCGAUCAAUGAGGCUCCUAUGCAUAUUUGUCCUCCCCUGCUUUGCUGUUGAGAUUGUGUACAGAAUAUGGUGGUAUGCAACAGGAGCUCAUGAAAUACCAUACUAUGGAAACAUGUAUGUUAGUGACACCAUCAUCUGCAUAAUGCAGCUGGUGUCGUGGCUGUAUCGGACAUCGAUCUAUAUUCUUGUCUGCAUUCUGUACCAACUGAUUUGCCAUCUGCAAAUUCUUAAGCUCGAGGACUUUGCUCAAGUCUUCCAACAAGAAACCGAAGUGGGUUCCAUCUUACAGCAACAUCUCAAGAUCAGAAGAAGUCUCAAGGUCAUAAGUCAUCGAUUUCGGAAGUUCAUUUUGUCAUCUUUGAUUUUGGUUACUGCUAGUCAGUUGAUUUGCCUGCUCAUAACAACCCGAUCUAGUGCUAACAACAACAUAUUUGAGGCUGGAGAACUUUCAUUGUGCUCCAUUAUUCUUGUCUUAGGCCUCUUCAUAUGCCUGCGAAGCGCGACAAAGAUCACACACAAAGCACAGUCCAUUACAAGCCUAGCUGCAAAAUGGCAUGUAUGUGCAACAAUAAAUUCAUUUGAUGAGCUAGAUGGGGAGACUCCAACAACUCAAAUUACUUCCAACCGAGUGUACCCUGUCAACAUCGAUUGUGAAUUAGAUGAUGAGGAAGAUGAUGCAGAAGAUGAUUUGGACAACUCCAAGUUGGUUCCAGUUUUUGCGCAUACAAUCUCAUUCCAGAAGAGACAUGCUUUAGUGAUGUAUCUCGAAAACAACAGAGCUGGGAUUACGGUGUUUGGAUUCAUGCUGGACAGAACAGGACUCCAUGCUGUAUUUGGAGUUGAACUAGCUCUUCUACUCUGGUUACUCAAUAAGACAAUAGUGAGUUGGACGUGAAAGUGCUGAGACCUGGGUAACGAUCAUGAAAGCUCAAUCCUAGUCAGGCACCAGUACGAGGUCAGGCAAAGAUGCUUGUAAAAAUCUAAGCAUGCCUUGUUCAUACCUAUAUGUAAAGGUAGGAAAAUUUGUCCCAAUGAUUGUAUAUGCAAACAGUUUUUUACUAAGUUCAUACCUAAAUUUUUGUAGGUCUUUGAUUGUUGUUUAUAAGUGUUUCUUUUUAAUAACAACCUUUUAGCUAAUAAAAAGAACAAAUUCUAUCUCAG